AUGGAAUUUCAAAAUUUUUUCCUGGUGCUAAAAAAUGAUAGCAUUUCAACUUUGCGGUUAUACAACUAUCAAAGCCUUCUAUCUGUCAUUGCUUUCUUAGAAAAUAUGAAAAGUUGUUAUAACAAUUCAAAGCAUAAGAAAUCAAUCACUAAGAACAUAAACAACUUCUUAAUGUUACUCUAUAAUACACUGCACCUGAUAAUAAUUGCCAUCUCUUUAGUCAAAGUAGUCAAUUAUCAAUACUGUCAAGGUUUGGGCUGGGAAUAUCAAUUUAUUAAUUACUAGAGUUAAAAUAAUGUGUGUAAGCAUGGCAUAAUUGAAUUUUUUUUUCAAAUUGGUAGAACUUUAUUCUAAAAACAAACUACCGGUAAGUAAUUUUAUUAAAAACAGCUAAGACAAUCAGCAGCAAUAAUCACCUAAACCCGUUAUUUGAUUCUGUUAAUUAAAAAUUAAUUUUAUUCAUCAAAAUUAUCAACUUGUGGCAUCCUUGCGAAAAGUAAUAGGCCUAGGUAAGUAAAUGAUGUAUGAUCUAAAUUGAAAAUUGAUUUGCUUUGUAGAAGGACAAAGGAAAUGAAGAUGUUGUUGCUUUGGACUUGCGUGUUAAGACAACAACAAAUCCUGUGACAAAUGUUCUUGAAGAAAUUCCAGAGCUGGUUAGUAUUAUGAUUAAAGGCAGGUUUAUUAGGUUGUGUAUAGUACUCAUUACAAGCUGUUUAGCCCAAAAAUCUUUGCAACACUUAAAUGGUCCUUCUUCAAUCAGGGGGUGCUGUUCAGAGAAAUAUAAACUUGCCAUUAUUUGUCUGUAAAGAGUUUUAUCUUAAUUUUAAUGACUUCUGAACAGUCUUGAAUGUGAAUGCUCAUUACAUAAUAACACUCGCUGCCUGUAACUAUGCACUUAAAUCACCUGCCAUUUCUAUCUUGCCAGAUGAAACUGUUACCAUUUUAGUCAUAAAUUCAAGCAUUACUGAUUGAUUCAUUCCCUUUUUUUCUUUUUAAAUGUUAGGAUCCUGUGUGGGCUGAGGAUGUACAAUUUGUUCCGUACACCCCUCCCCCAGUGUCUGAGUCUGUCCUGGAUCAUGGUACCAUUGAAGAGUGGAGUGAAAGGAUUUCACUUAUUGAUGACGACUUGAAAUGGCUUUUGAGCCUCCCACAUACAAGAUUCUGGUGCCAGGUAAAAAAUUAACCAAUUAUUGAAUCAGGCUGAGUAGGACGUGAAGAAUUAUGCAGAGCGAGGAGGAUGUUUGGCCAAGAUGGAUAACAUCUUCUGAGAUCUGCAUAAUUCUUCACAUCAUACGAAAGCUGAUUUCAAUAAUAAUUGUUUUAUUGUUCAUUCAAAGUAUUUCUAAGUUCCUAACAAUCUUACCUUCUUGUAUACUUUCUUUCAAACUUUGUCCUAUUUCUUUACAUGGUUUCAGGAUAAAAACAGAUGUUUUCCAUACAGAUAAUCCUAAAAAAGCAGAUAACAUCCUUUGACCGAUCGUCUGUGUUUUGCAUGUUCUUGCAUUUCUUCCAUUCAGUCAGUUAGAACCUCAGCUAUUUCGUCUAUUUUACCAUCCAUAUACCCGAUCUAAUAUUUUGAUGUCUGAAAGUCUUGGUAUUGGGGGAAUGCAAAUAACCAGAUAAAAGCCUCUGAGAGCAAGGGCAAGACUAGCAACGUACAAGCAUAACCAACAUGUGGUGUUGUCCCCCACAUUCAAAUAAACUCAGGCCACACAAUUCCAUCCAUGCUGCUUGACAAGAUAACGUGAUAAGCUUUGUAAGCUCAUGGCAGUCACAAAAGUCAGCUUCUUUUACAUCUUCCUUUUGUCAGAAAAAAUAAUAUUGACCCUAGAAGUUGUAACCGAGUAGUGAUUUGAAGAUUUCUUUUUAGUGUUUUACAGUUUAUUAUAACAAAGUUAAUUGCUUUUAUUAUUUUUAAUCAUAAAAAAUGGAGGCUUGGCUUUUAGGCCAGGGUAAAUCUUUAUUGUAUUUUUAUCCUCCUCCUCCUCUCCAUUUGUUUUUUGCCAAAUUUUUAUUAUGUGAAGUGUAAAGGAAACCUGCAUGAUAUUGCACAUUUCUACAUUCUCUUGAAGGUAAUAUUUGAUGAAACAUUGCAGCAGUUUCUGGAUUCUUACCUACAAUUUGCACCAAGGUACUGAAAAGACCUUUUUCACUGAACAGUUUCUGUUGUACAGUAAAAACCCGCGAGUAAGAACCUGAAAAUUAAGAACCUGUUAGCCUAAAAUUUGCCAUUUAUACCACCUAUAAAGAAGAACCUGUUUAGCCUAGAAAAUGAAAAAUCAUAUUAGUGAAAUGCAACGGCAAAUUAAAGCUGUGCAAGAAUCCUGUUUGGAGAAUUAAGAGCUUGGCAUUGCUGUGCAAAUAAAAGGGCUAGUUUAUUGAUGUAGUAAAAAAAAUAAAGUGCAAGAGGUUAAUAUUGUUGUAUCACAUUUUGAGAUUGAAAAAUUGGCUGAUUACCAUCUUGUUUUGUAGCUUGUUUUCUUUUGUUUUGUUUUGUUUGUUUUUACAGAAAUAAGAACCUACUUAAGAACCUAAAUAGCCUAAAAUUAUGUUAACUACCAUUUAAAUAAGAACCUGUUUAGGCUAACUCCAGAAAAUGUAUGUUCUUACUUGCGGGUUUUUACUGUAGUUGUGUUAAGGAAACUUAACAUAUUUGUUAUGUGGUGAUCCAAACAUUGUUUUAUCACGUAGAAAGUUUGAAAUUAAGUCUUGUGUACUUGUCCAAAGUUUGCGAAACCAAUCCAUUAUUGUUUUAUGUACAUGGAUUUGAUUUCAAACAGUUUGCUUUAACAAGUUCUUCUCCUCGUUAGGAACUUUGAUGCAUCAGUUCUUUCACCAGAAUUAGCUUUUCUUCAUGAGAAUGUACACAAAAGAGUUUUCAUGACAUAUGUUAGGAUGUCAACUCAUAAGGAGUCCAAGGUAAGGAUAUUUUUCUCAUAAUCCCCUCAUAAUAAAAAAGUUAUGGCAGGAGACUUAGCCCUUGAAUCAAAAGACAAUAAUUUUUUCUUCCCUGUUUGUUUACAUACAACAUACAACCCAAAGGGCCAGCUAUUUACACAGAGUUUAGUCCAUGUUUCACAAAUCCACAUUCUAAGCUAUUUUUUUCUUUGACCAAUGCUUUUAUCUAAGAACCAUUUUUUGUGAACAUUUUAAUAAGGCAUAUAGCGUAGACUGGAAAAGCACUCUACCCAUAUAUAGCGUAGACUGGAAAACCGCAGCCUAAGUUCGACUUUGUUUAAAUAACCUACCCAAAGUGUUGUAACAGUACUGCAUACCUCCUUGUGCUACUGCACGAGUGGUAUUAAUUUUGACUUUUUAAUUUGUCGGGGAUAUAGUAGUUUGAAUUUGAAUACUCUACCCGACUUUUCUCCCGCAAUUCAACAUGGUUAAGGAAUGAUGGUAGUAAUUUUUCAAAUCAAUGUCAAUUUCCCAUGGUCUGUACUCUUAUUGUCAUUGAGCAUAGACUGAAGUGAGAUCUAGAUGUUAGAAACUAAAGCGGUUUCACUGCAAAGUUUUGAACAUUCUAACAUCAUGUCUAUGGUCGAGUACAGACCAUGAAAAAUUAACAACAACAACAACAACAGUUUAUCUCUACUACUGUAGACAACUAAAAGAAUUUACAAGAAUGUAAUAUUUAUAAAUAAAUAAAUAGACAGUACAUACAGUAGUGGGACACACGAAAUAACUAAAAAACUAAACUAGUUGGGUGACCGUUUUUUUACAAUGACUUCUUGACAGUUUUUGACAUCCAUUUUCAACACCAUCAUGUCAGUUCUAUGGUCUGAAUAGUGGUGUAACAAUUAAUCGAAUUCUCGAUUAUUCACGAUAAAAAAUUAUGGCCGUUCGGUUCGAUUCACGAUCCUUUGGUUCCAUGUUUCGAUUUUGGUUUGAUUUUUGCACGCCUUUUCCAGGGUGCCCUCAGCAAGUUAUUAUAAUUAUUGUAAAAUCAGAAACCAGAACUCUUUAAAAUGUGCGUUUUUGAUUGACCAGCAGUUCGUGUGCCAUUUUGUGUUGCCUGGUAAAAAUGCUGUCUUUCAACCACCCCUUGAGAAUUUCCAAACAAGGCAAACAAUGUGUGACACACUCUUUGUCAGGUUCUCAAACAUGGCAAUAAAUGAACAAGCAACUGUCGAUCCUCCUGUCCCUUUUUCUAUUCUCAAAUUGAGAGUUUAGGGUUGCAUGUUGUUUACAUUACUUGUUGUGUUAUAAGAAUUAAGAAACAUUUACAUAAUCGAAUCAAAAUAAUUAAAAUCGAAAGGCGAUAAUCGAAAUCGAAUUGAAUCGCAAGGAAUAUGAAUCGUUACACCCCUAGGUCUGAACUCAGUUACUGUAAAAUGUCUCUUACACCUCAUUUACCUUGCAGGAGGACUUCAUUACAGCAAACACAUUUGGUGACAUUCUUUAUGAGAACUUUCUUUUUGAUAUUCCGAAGAUAAUGGAUAUAUGUACCCUUUAUGGGGGUAAGAAUAGUGCUAACACACCACUUUUACGGAAAAUGCUGGACAAUAUCUUCUCCAAACAACCAAAGUAAGAAGCCUUUACUCAAUGAAGAAGUUCAUUAGAAAGACUUUAUGAACUUGAUGUUUGUUUCUUCAUUGAUACAUUAUGUAUGUCGCUAGAGAUUGUCUUGUUUAGUUUUACCAUCUUUCAACCACCUUGAUCAGUGGUAGAUCCAUGGGAGGGUUCCAGGGGGACCUCCCCCCCCCCCUUAUUUUUAGACCAAACUGGGGCCCAAAGGGCUGAAAAAAUUUUUCUGAGAUUCCCCCCCCCCCCGCUUUUUUUCUCAGGGUCUGGAUGACCAGGCUCGCCCUUAUCUGAAGGUCUUGAUCCGUCACUGUUGAUCUCUACCUUGGAUGCUGUUGGGCAUCUACCCCUACUGCUCAUGAGGGUUGCAUGUCAUUAACAGCAGAUUGUAGAAUGGUAUGGUCAAGUUUUCUGGGCCCCUGGUCUCUGCUGUUAAUACAGUGAUGGCACAGUCAUAAUGCACAACUGAAUUAAACUCCUUAAAACCGAUUCCACUGGCAAUCAGUGAUCAUGCUGACUAACAGUCGGCAAAACUGUAAUAAUGAUGAGAAAACAAACAUGAUUACUUUAUUUAAUGUUGAUUGUAAAGGCUUUUUUGUCAUCUUUUAUUUCAAUGCGAUAUGAUGGAGGGACCUAAGUAAAGCUAUGGUAAAUCGUGGUAUUUGGGAGGAGGUCUCCGUGAAUAUCCCGUCCACUCCAGUGGUCAAAGGAUGAUGACGAUGAUGAUUUCAAUCAGCCAUCCCAAAAUGAGCUGUUAAAAAUCCCAUACCAAUCUGGCACAAACAUAAUAUCAUGCUUGAGAAAUGAAAAAUAUUGUUCUUUUUAUUACGACUUACGCGUAAUUCCUUGAUAAUUUGAGUUAUUCUUAAACAAGUGAAUGGAAGAAAAUGUGCAUACAAAUGAGGACAAUUUUUGUAUUAGGAUUACAUACUCGCAUUCAACAUUUUACAUUUUUGCUUUUCUUUUGCUAGGUAUCACAGUGACCUUGAUGCAACAAUCCCAACAAUUUAUGAAACAUUAGAUGAUAUAUUGUCGAAGUGUGGAAUUAAAUACAAACUGGAUGCAGAAACUGACCAGCCUCAGAAACUUAGUGAUGUGAGGAAUGGACCAAGUGCAUCAUUGUCUGUUCGACAAUUAGAGGAUAUUGUGCUUUACUUAAAUGAUACAACAGAAACACUGCUGGCCUUCCUGAGAACAUAUCCCGUGGUCUGUGACUCAUUUGUCAGGCGUGAGUUUGUUCAAAGAGUGGCUGGCUUCUAUGAAUUGCUUGUUCCACAUUUUAGAAAUUGUUUAAUUGACAUUAAAUCACAGAAUUUAAAGGAAAAGUGGAAGCAUGUUAAGUUGGCUCUCAUUAAGGUUUGCCGUGUAAUUCUUCACACUUGCUGCAUCGAACCACUGGAAAGAAGGUAUGUCCGCCAGAACGUUUUAAAUAUAAACGGCUUAUUUGAUGGUUUGCCGAUAAUGAUCAAAUUUUAACCGUAAAAUCUGCAAGACAUCUGAACUGCGAGUCCUGUCAGCCUCAUAAUGAGUGGAGUAUAACAACCAUUUUUCCCUCUUUUCAAUCACUGCAAAUUUAGCCUUUGUGUACAUGUAAUCAACCCUCCCCAACCCCCAACCCUCACCCCCCCUUCAUGGAGAAAACGGAAGGGAGGGGAUCCUUCUACACGUAGGAUACUGCAAUUUUUACCUUUAUUAAGCGACUGACCCUUAUUUAGUCUAGUAGCCGCAGCCAUGCAACCUUUAGUAGUUGAACAGUGGAUUACACUGUACCUUGUGGGGUACCCAUGAUCUUGAGAUUUUAGUUUUUGUUUUGUCUAGAAGCAAGGUCAUGUGGGUAAACUGGCUCGGUAUUCUGAGACAAAGAAAAUUUAGUUUCAAAUGGAAAUAGUUGAGCCGUAUUAUUAUAGACGUCUCUUAUCUAUUCUAGCUCAAAAUACUGACCGCAACAUUUUACUUUUUUUCAUGAACAAAGCGGCGGCAGCGAAGACCAAGUUCAAAGUUGUGUAGAGAAUUUUUUGCAAAUUCUUACAUCAAUUCUUUCCGAGAAAAGGUAAAUAAUGAUAAGUGGGGGUGUUGUAUUUCCUGUCUUUGGUUAAAAUUGUAGAAGGGAGACUUAGGGAGAGCUACUAUGGCUGUUAUUUUACGCUUAUUUUUGUCGCGUUUAUGGGACCACGGAAAACAUCUAGUGGGUCCAGGAUAUCCCUUUAAAGAUAUAUACGACCAUGUAGCACGUCCAAUAUUUACUGUAAUUUUAAAAAAUAUAUUGCGUUACGCCAUUCACCGAGAUACAACCCUUAAAGUUGCGACCAUUUUAGUUGUCAUGGCGCCUAAAAUUUUGAAGCUGGCGACUUGACUUGUAAGAAAGUCUCCCUAAACCAUUUGGCGACCAAGCCGAAAACUUUAACUUGGAGGGUUGAGAUAAUUAGUUUCUUUACCAUCAAAAGGCUGAAAAGUGCAAAACUGUACGGCAUUAGAUAUUCUAAAACCUGUCAACAGUUAAGGGACUUUCAAUAUCUGUGGAUUUCCAGAAGGAAAGGAGAACUAAUCUAGCGGAAACUUGCAGUGUUUUCAUAUAUGUCAAUAGAUUGAACUGAUUUAGUAAUCCCGUGUUUCUGCCUUUUGUUCAGAUUUCUAAGCAGUUAUGACUCCAGAUUUGUAAUCAAAGAAGAUUUAAACAGAAUUCAGCGGUGUUCAGUGAGCACGGACGAGACUAGAGUGGAAUAUAUAAUGGCUGCUGUUGAAAGUGCGAGAAGAGCAUUUCCAAACCACGUAAAAAGAAAAGAAAAUUCCUCAAAACCUCACUCAUCAACUGCAGCCUUUGGUUCUGAAAACACCGUGGUUGCUGUUAAUGGCCAGUUUGAGAGCUGGAUAGAAGAAGAUGUAAGAGAAGUUAAAGAAGUCAUCGAUCAAAGAGUGAGUGAUAAAAAAGGAUGUUCUUUUUGGGCGAAAUCAGACUGAAAUCGAUACCUUCCUGACUAAGUUUGAAUUCCGAAUGUUAUGUCUGGUAAAAUUUAUGACACCAGAAAAUACCGUUUUUAAGUUCCCGUUUUUUAUCUGACAUAAAAACAAUAGGUCAUUUCCCACUUACUAUUAGCCUCUUUUUUAAAACGAGGGUAAGUACAAAGUCUAAGAGAUAGGAAUAUGUGGUAUUUUCGUUUUCCAUGCCAUCCACCUGUCCACUAUACGUGAAUAACCAUCAUAAGAUCGUAUAGCCACAGUCGGUUUGACGUUAGUCAUAGUUUGUAUACACACAGUUCUUGGCGAAAGACAUAGAAAAACUGUAUUCUUAAUUUACAGAACGAUGGAGCAGUUUCCAAGACUGUUAACGAGGCGGAGUUAUUUUCUUUGGUGAGUCAUGUACAGGAUCUGCUGCCGGGGCUUGGUGACGGUUUCAUCAUUCUCUGUUUGGAGGAGCUUAACUACGAGGUAGAACAAGUUAUUAACUUAAUCCUAGAAGACAAUUUGCCACCUUGCCUUCAAAACUUGGACCGAAACUUGUCAAAAGAUGAGGCAAUGAAAGAUAAAAAGCAGCCGGUGAAGACGUUACUGGAGCAAAGGCAUUCGGUCUAUGACAAAGAUGACUUUGAUGUUUUUGCGGGGAACAAGUUGAAUCUUUCGAAGAUCCAUAAGGGCAAGCGUCGUGAUGUAGGUAGCAUUAAGAAGCUGUUAUCUGACAAGAGUGAUAUAACAGAAUCCGUUAAGGAGAGAUACGCAGCUUAUGAUGUGUUUAAUCGACAUGUUUGGACUGCGAGCUUGUACGAUGAUGAGUAUGAUGACACCUAUGACUCACAAAAUGUAGGAGCACAAGAUCCUGAUUCAGCAGAUGAGCUUACAAUACGAAGGUAGGUAGUUAAGCCACAGGUGCCCCAAGCAUUGAUGUUACUUGAGGUUGGAUUACCUGUGGUUAUGGACGUUCAUGUUUUGCUGGUGUUUCAUUCUCGACCCCAGAGCUCACGCUUUGACUCCGCCGUCCGUAAUCAUGCGCCGCCUGGUUGGCUCGGUUGGGAGAGCGCCGCGCCUGGACCAACAACCAGGGGCCCGUUUCUCGAAAGUCCGGAUAAUUAACGGACCCGUAAAGCUGUUGUUGUUUACAUGCAAGAUAGAGGUUACAGUAUUUUUGCAUCGAACGUGAUAAAACUAUCAGUUAAUGAAACAAAAUGGAGUAGUUUGCUAGCCAGGACCCGCGCUUUCAUUCUUUAUAAUUCGAUUUGAAUAUUUUAUUUCGGGCCCGAAAAGUUAUCGGGACUUUCGAGAAACGGGGCCCAGGGUCUUUAAAUAACUGAGAAGAAAGGGCUGCCUUUUUUAUGACAUCUGCAAACGGGUAGACUUUCUAGUCUUCUCGCUAAAGGACGAAAAACCCUAGGUCCCCUCUCACAGCACUUUCACUUAUCUGGUUUUUGUGGGACGUAAAAGAACCCACACCACUUUUCGAAAAGAGUAGGGUCGUUGACCCCGGUAGUGUGGCCCAUCUUUUUUGGGCUGGUUGGGUUAUCUGUAAGGAGAGAUCUUAAUAAUCCUUCUCCAGGUGUCCUACAUGGCUACCUGUAAACACUGUAUGUGUAUGUGCAGCAGAGAAGAGCUUUGGGGUCGAGAAUGCUUGUGUUUUUGACACAGACUUAAAAUAUCCAUUUCAAGUUGCUGGUUAUGUGCAAUUAGUAGGCGGGGAAUUGAAUAGUUGUUUCCCAAAUAAAAUUAGCUGGGGGUCGUCGUCAUAGUAGCCGGCCUUUACUGACAAUUUUUUUUUUCAUAAAACGUUUUAAAGUGGCAGUAUCACCAAGGAUAACGCCCCUCGAAAAUCGGACGAAAGUUUUUCUAUAUUUACUUAAAAUCCCCUGAGAGCUACGUUAUACAAGAUCAUGAAAACUCCUAAAAAAUAUCUUUUGUUUCGGAAAGAUGGGAAAGUUUGACAGUGUUAUUUGGGAACAAUCGACCAAAAACCAUUGAUUGUGUUCAGUGGCUCAUACCGUGGAAAGUGAAGUCAGUCGUCUUUCUGUUCAGUGUUGUUGAAAGGUCAUUUUGUGCGCCAGCGUGUGAACCAUUAUAAUUUUAGCGUAGUUAAGGCAAAACAGUUGGUAGAAUUCUCUUGAUACUAUGCCUUUCAUACGCAUUCAACUGUUGCGUUGUGGCUGCUUCUGUUCUAUUCUCGUUUUGGAGUCACAGAAAAACUCCGUCACUGUAUGUAACAAAGUUUCAAUAGCCUGCUGCCGGUUUUAAUAGAGCGAAGGGAGAAAUUUCGAGGACACGCCCUCUAUAAAAACUAACUGGUGCCCGCCACGCAGGCUAAGUUUCACGGGACAGAUUGAAAAAUGCAUGAGUUUGUUAUUACGGGAAUACGUACGUUGUUAGCAGGGUCUUCUACCAGACGUUUUACCAUCACUAGGAUGAUUGUAAACAUCGCCACACCAGGGUCUUCGCUAUGAUUAUAAGAGAGACCAAGAUUCCGUAAGAUCAUAGUCUCUCAGUACAUUUGAAACCAAGAUGACCAUCCGUAACGGUAAGCCAUCGAUCCCGACGAUCUUAGGGAAAAAUAAUAGACUGUGGACAGAUUAUUCGAAUCGAGAAACUUUGAGAGUGUUGUUCAAACAUGUUUUUUUUUUGUAUAUACCAGCGGUUGGGUUUCGUCGUCAGUAAUUACCUUUGUUAACCUUCACAGACCCUUUACUACUCCUCGUGUUUUGGGCGGCUCACCCGAACCGUCCGAUGACGAGGAGGAGGAAGAUGGAGAAAAUGAAGAUGAUUCAACCCAGAAAGAAAGCAUAGGGAAAUCACAAGACAGCCAAGUAGAUAAAUCCUUGGUGAACCGCAGACAACGUGGUAGAGGACACGAAAGACAGGGUCCGAAAAAAGACGAAGCCAACAAAGAGGGGCAGAAAGGGGGGACCAGAGGGCGUGGCAGGGGUGUAAGCGCUUCAGAGUCGAAACAAAGAGCGCACAAUGAAAGAAACAAAGGAACGAGAGCAAAUCACAAUCGAAAGGCAGGAGCAGCCGUUAAGAGAAACAAGGGCAUGGGAAUGCUGCCAUCACGCUAACGUUUCCGGCUUUAGUUUCCUUUCAUAGAUAAGUUUAAAUCGGAAGUAGCACAUGAACUCGACAGAGUGCUGUGAUGCUGUAACACUUACAUUAAGUCACCCGGCCGAUAUCUCUUAAUAAAAUAUCAAUUCUUUUUGGGAGAUAAUAUUCACACUCAAAUGCUUAGAAAAAGCGCAGCUCUUUUGGACAGACGAAGAGUUUAUCCAAGGAUAGUUCUUAGCCUACUUUUCUGUGAUAAAAGGUGGUUACUCAACCACAGUGCAGGGUAUCCCUUACUUCCAAAGUUAGUGGGAGACCUGUCUUUAUUACUAAAGUGACUUACUAAAGUUAAAAUUUAAUAUAAUAUAAAGCCCCAACGUCACUCGUUUCACCACAGUUUGCUUUGGGGGAGGGGCAAAGUUGAGUUUUGGCAAAUAACAUACUUUAAAAGAGAAAACUACACUCAAGAUUAAAAAAUGGAUAACAAAUGGACUAGUUAAUAGCGUAGAUAGGAAACAAAAAUGACCUGUAAGCCCAAUGAAUUUAUUAUUGGCAGUUGCACUGAUUAAAGAGAAG